GACAGCCCCACCUCCACACCUUCAGAAGGACUUUCAUGAGAGGGCUACCAGGCUGUGGCUUGCCUGGGAACCAUAUGGAGAGGACCCCCCACUGGAGGACAGAACCCCAGGGUGAACUCCCUCUAGGGGUAACUGGGAGCUAAACCCUUCAGAAGGCUGAGUGGUAGCCUGGUCCCUGGGGAGAUGGGGGGGGGGGUGGGGCAGUUCAUAUUGGCCAGGGGACACAGGGCUGGGGAUGGCCAGAGGCCUCCAGUAUCCAUGAGGGAUUCCUGUUUUUCCCAGAUGGACUCCCGGAGCUCCCAGCCAGGGGAGCAGGACGUGACAGAGGCGGGGGCUGAGCAGGAACUUCAGUGGGUGGAGCUGGGCUCAGAGGAGGCCCUGGGAGCCAGGACAGAGGGGCCCAGUGCCCAGCAAGCCUGGGGGCGCCUGCUGCAAGCUGUGUGGAGGGGUCACCUGGGCCUGGUGACAAGGCUACUGCGUCAAGGGGCCAGUGUGGAGGAGAGGUGAGCCCCAGGGCUGGACCAAGAAUCUUCACCAAGGCAGAGUUGGCAGGGGUCCCUUCUCUGGGCAGGGCAGCAAGGGCCCCUCUACCGGCACCCCUGCCCUCAUCCAUGCCACCCUCACUGCCCACAGGGACCACACAGGCAGGACCCCGCUCCACCUGGCCGUGCUGCGCGGCCACGUGCCCCUGGUGCGUCUCCUGCUGCAGCGCGGGGCCGCGGUGGGAGCUGCCGACCGAGCCGGGCGCACACCACUGCACGAGGCCGCCUGGCACGGGCAUUCGCGGG